AACGAACAAAGAAGAAAAAUGAAAACUACUGCUGUAUUUCUCUGCUUCUGCAUUAUCGCAAGCAGCCAAGUGUUUGGACAAAUCGAUAGUCCAGAAGUCAAAGUAACUUUGGAAGAUCCAGCGACUUUAGCAGCAAGACCAUUCAGAAAAUCUGAUUGUGCUCUCGGUGUAGAGCAAGACGCUGAAACCCUCUGCCGUGCCUUAAUACCAGUAUACAGAUGGAGCAACGACGCCAAAAAAUGUGUAGAUGACUUCUACGGUGGUUGUCACGCUACCAAAAACAACUUCAGGCAUAAAGCAGACUGUGAGAAGAUAGCAACUCCAAUUUGUUCCAGUUAAUUACGAUAUAAAACAGAUUUUAUCGAGAGAAUUAUCAUAAAAUUUGUUAUGUUUAGUUAUUAGAUUUUAUAUACUUAAUAAAUAUGUUUUUAUCGUUGU